CUCGGGGUCGGAUUGCUGGAUCAAGGGGCUGCCGUAGUCUUCCUGGGUGCGCGCGCCGGUCACGUGGGGCAUGGUGCAGUGCAAAAUCAUGAGGAUAUAAUGAAUGAGGAUCAGAUGAAUGAUGAACUUGGGAUUGAUCCACGACAAAGCAAUGGCCGAGAACCAACCCUUAAAGCCCCUGUUGAUGCAAAUGGAAAAGUGAUUGUUAGGUGCACAAGAGGAAUGUUUCUUGAUUAUGAGGUCAGUCACAAAGCUGUUGCUAUCAUGCGCCAAUUUUUCAAUGGUCCGUGGUUGUCAUGGAGGGAGGUCCCUACACAUGCUAAAGUUGGAAUGUGGAACAAAUUUGAGAUGAUGAGAUACACACAAUUCUUCCAGGACAAUUGCAUCAUGUGCAUCAAGUUUGGGACAAGCAUUGUCAGCGACGGUUGACAACCUCAUUAGGGAGGGUCAGAAGCCAAAAGCUUUUGGAAGCAAAAGGAGAUUUAAAUAAAGCCCGUGAUAAACCCCCUAAUUGGAUCUCUAGAGAAAAUUGGAAUAAGCUAAUUGAUAUUUGGAUCUCCCCAAAAUGGAAGAAGAAAUCAGAAGCCAACAAAAAUAAUAGAAACACCAUGAAGAAUGGUAGCAUCUCUAAACACUGUGGAGGAUCAAUCGCAUUUGUCAAUCAUGACGAACGACUG